AUGUCGAGCACACAACCAGGCGCGCAGGCGGUCACCAAGGAAUCCGGUCUGCGGCUGCCCAGCAAUGGCAAGACUAUCUACAGCCGCCCGCUGAACCGCUCCAAAGGGGGGGAGAUGAGCCAGGCCAGCUUUGCGUACCUGUUCGGUGAAAUGGUGACGUAUGCGCAGCGCCGUGUCAAGGGGAUCCAAGAGCUUGAGCAGAGGCUAAAUCUUCAGGGCCACUCCAUCGGCCUCAAGCUCCUCGACCUUCUCCUCUACCGCGAGCCCGCGCGCACGCAGCUGCGACCGCUGAACAUCAUUGCCUUACUUCACUUUAUCAAGCAAAAUGCUUGGACGCACCUGUUUGGACGGCAGGCCGACCGCCUCGAGAAGAGCAACAACCCGGACACGCCCGAGGAGUACAUGAUUAUCGACAAUGAGCCGCUCGUAAACCAGUACAUCUCGGUACCGCGAGAGAUGAGCCAGCUGAACUGCGCGGCAUUCGCAGCGGGCGUCAUUGAAGGCGUGUGCGACGGCGCGGAUUUUCCGGCGAAAGUAACGGCUCACACGGUCGCCGAGGGUGAAAUGUGGCCAGGCAAGACGGUGUUUCUGGUCAAGUUUGCGCCAGAGGUGGUCGAACGAGAGGCAUUCCUGGGGAAGAAUUAA